AUGUUCAGGAAGGCAAUAAGGCCGUAUGGAUCUUCAAUAUAUUUUCACAAUGAAUUUAAGAUGAUGGGAGCGAUUUAUAAAUCAACGAUGGAAGAAGAUAUAGGUUGCGGUUUACAAAUGAAAAGUCAACAAGAGCUAUUCGGAAAGAAGGAGAAAUUUAUCUUAAAGCAAUCGAAAGAAAAGAAAAAAGUUCAUUUCAAGUUCAAGUCAACAAAUAUCUCACCUUCGCAAAAGUCGAAUGACGUUUCAGAUGGCGGUGAAGAAUUAUAUUUCGACGCGAUGGACCAGAACGUGAAUAUGGAUGAAAUGCCAGCGACAGCAGUUACGCAGAUACAAUCAACAUCUUCAUCACAUAUAGGAAAUAGCCGAGAAAAAUUUGAAGAAAUUAGUACUCUUAAUGUUUUAGCAAAAAGACUACCGUCACGACCUUUAGCGUCUACGAAAUCGUAA